AUGACAAAGCUCAUCCAAUGGAUGCUUUUCCUGUUCUCUGGGCUUCUUUUCUGGAUCAGUUGUCUCAAUCUACUUCCGACAGACUUGGUCUACGACUCGAACGGGGACCCGAUUCCAUCCCUGCUCUCAUUCGUCGUCCGAGCUCUCCCUGUUUUGACGAUUGUGCUGUUCGGACUGUAUUCGCUUGUUGUGAUUGGCUACCGAGUGUCGAGUUUCAACGACUGUCAAAACGAAAGCGAUGCGCUCAAGUUAGAAAUUGACGCUGCGAGAAAAGCACUAACUGCGAAAGGAUAUAAAUUUUAG